GGCCCGCCCUCCUCCCCGAGGCCGGCCGCCCGCCCGCCCUCCCGCCCGCUCGGUAUUAUGAUAAACGCUGGGUGCGGGGCUUCGGCGGCCGGGAGGGAGUUGUCGGCGCCGCGGCCGCUGCGGACGGACGGCCGCUGUCCUGCUGAGAUGUCCUUGAUGAGACUGAAAAUGAGUUUCUUAUCUUCAUCUGAUAUUCUUAUAUGAGAAACUCCAUCUCAGACACUCUGAAUAUUUUGCCUUCUGUUGACCAGCAUGGCAGGAUUCAAGCGAGGAUACGAUGGCAAGAUUGCUGGAUUAUAUGAUCUGGAUAAAACCUUGGGGCGAGGUCAUUUCGCAGUGGUUAAACUUGCCAGGCAUGUCUUCACAGGCGAGAAGGUGGCAGUAAAAGUUAUUGACAAGACCAAACUGGACACUCUCGCCACUGGCCACCUGUUCCAGGAAGUGAGAUGCAUGAAGCUGGUGCAGCAUCCUAACAUCGUUCGCCUGUAUGAAGUCAUUGACACCCAGACCAAGCUGUAUCUUAUACUAGAACUUGGGGAUGGAGGCGAUAUGUUUGACUACAUAAUGAAGCACGAGGAAGGUCUUAAUGAAGAUUUGGCCAAGAAGUACUUUGCUCAGAUAGUGCACGCUAUAUCUUACUGCCAUAAACUCCAUGUGGUUCAUAGAGACUUAAAACCAGAGAAUGUAGUCUUCUUUGAAAAGCAAGGUCUUGUAAAGUUGACAGACUUUGGUUUCAGCAACAAGUUCCAGCCAGGGAAGAAGCUCACGACAAGCUGUGGGUCUCUUGCCUAUUCUGCUCCGGAAAUCCUGCUUGGUGAUGAGUAUGAUGCACCUGCAGUAGAUAUAUGGAGUCUCGGAGUGAUCUUGUUCAUGCUGGUGUGUGGGCAGCCACCCUUCCAAGAAGCCAAUGACAGCGAGACCUUGACCAUGAUCAUGGACUGCAAGUACACAGUGCCCUCCCAUGUGUCAAAGGAGUGUAAGGACCUGAUCACCCGGAUGCUGCAGAGAGAUCCCAAGAAAAGGGCCUCUUUAGAGGAGAUCGAGAACCAUGCUUGGCUUCAAGGAGUGGACCCCUCACCAGCCACGAAGUACAACAUCCCCCUGGUGUCGUACAAAAAUCUCUCGGAAGAGGAGCACAACAGCAUCAUCCAGCGCAUGGUGCUGGGCGACAUCGCAGACCGAGACGCCAUCGUGGAAGCCCUGGAAACCAACAGGUACAACCACAUCACAGCCACUUACUUCUUACUUGCUGAAAGGAUCCUGCGAGAAAAGCAAGAGAAAGAAAUACAGACCCGGUCUGCCAGCCCCAGCAACAUCAAGGCCCAGUUCAGGCAGUCUUGGCCAACUAAAAUCGAUGUGCCCCAAGACCUUGAGGAUGACCUCACGGCCACUCCUUUGUCCCACGCGACCGUCCCUCAGUCUCCUGCACGGGCUGCCGACAACGUCCUCAAUGGCCACCGGGGCAAAGGUGGCCUCUGUGACUCGGCCAAGAAGGAUGACCUGCCCGAGUUGGCUGGCCCAGCGCUGUCUGCCGUGCCAUCCGCCAGCCUGAAACCCACAGCUGGGGGCCGGAAAUGUCUGUUCCGGGUGGAGGAGGAUGAAGAGGAAGACGAGGAGGACAAGAAGCCCAUGUCCCUGUCAACCCAGGUGGUUUUGCGCCGGAAGCCAUCGGUGACCAACCGCCUGACGUCUCGGAAGAGCGCGCCUGUCCUCAACCAGAUCUUCGAGGAGGGGGAGUCGGAUGAUGAGUUCGACAUGGAUGAGAACCUGCCUCCCAAGCUGAGCCGGCUGAAGAUGAACAUCGCCUCCCCGGGGACGGUGCACAAGCGCUACCACCGGCGGAAAAGCCAGGGCCGCGGCUCCAGCUGCAGCAGUUCUGAGACCAGCGACGACGACUCCGAGAGCCGGCGGCGACUCGAUAAGGACAGCGGCUUCACCUACUCCUGGCACCGCCGGGACAGCAGCGAGGGGCCCCCCGGCAGCGAGGGCGACGGCGGGGGCCAGAGCAAGCCGAGCAACGGCAGUGGGGGCGCGGACAAGGCCAGCCCCAGUGAGAACAGUGCUGGUGGGGGCAGCCCUGCUGGAGGCUCGGGCGGCAACCCCACCAGCACCUCAGGCUCCACGCGCUGCUGUGCUGGCCCUGGCAACUCUAUGCAGCUGGCAUCGCGCAGCGCCGGGGAGCUGGUGGAGAGCCUCAGACUCAUGGGCCUGUGCCUGGGCUCCCAGCUGCAUGGCAGCGCGCGCUACCUCCUGGACCCACAGCACGGCCUGGCCUUCUCCAGUGUCAAGGUCCAGGAGAAGUCUUCGUGGAAGAUGUGCAUCAGCUCCACGGGCAACGCAGGCCCGGCCCCUGCCGUGGGGGGCAUCAGGUUUUUCUCUGACCACAUGGCGGACACCAGCACCGAGUUGGAACGGAUAAAGAGCAAGAACCUUAAAAACAACGUGCUGCAGCUACCUCUGUGCGAGAAGACCAUCUCUGUGAACAUCCAGCGGAACCCUCAGGAGGGGCUGCUGUGCGCCUCCAGCCAGGCCAGCUGCUGCCACGUCAUCUGACGGCCCGGCCGCCGCUCGCUUCCUCCUCGGCCUGGGGAAGGGUGCCUUCACCCCCUCCAGCUCUUGGUCUUACUCGUUGAGAGUGGGUGUUAGGAGCAAUUAUUUAUUACCUUUUCCUUUUCCUCGCCCGGCGAGGUGACAAUGCAUGGUCUUUGUGCAUGCUGCUAGACGCUACCUUUCUUUUGCAGCCGACAAGUCUACUGUGUAAUUUUUACAUUCAGAAUUUUAAUGUGGAUGAUCAGGAUUAAAUCAAAAUGUAUAUUUGGAACCUAGUAUCCCUGGAGCGCUUAGAAAUUUGAUGUUCUGAACUUAGCGAAAACAAUGCCUUUGUUUCUGUCAGAAAUCUAAAUUCCUGUCCUGUGACACAGUAACUCUAUGGUGUCUGAGACAGAACCAAAGCAAUAAUGCUGUAAGGCCCGGGGCCCGAG